UCCGGCCAAGUGGACCUGAUCGAUGGUCCUCCCGACUUUAUUACGAUAUUUGAUUUAUUAAAGACGCCCCCCUCGUCUGUGUGGGGCGCUCACACACACACACACAUACACACUCGCGCGCACACACGGCUCUGGCUCGCGUCCCUCCCUCGUUUCCAGCUCCUGGGCGAAUCCCACAUCUGUUUCAACUCUCGCCGAGGGCGAGCGGGAGCGAGUGUGUGUCGGUGGUGUGUUAGGAGGGAAGCGGAGAAGGAUAAGAUCCCCAAGACACAGCUGCAGAGCCUGCAGCCCAAGGGGAACGACGGAUCGGCCAGAAACAAAGAUGGCGCCCCCCAGCCUACUGCUCUGCCUGCUGUCUGUGGCAGUCUUCUCCCUGCUGGGCGGGAGCUCAGCCUUCCUGUCCCAUCACCGCCUCAAGGGCCGCUUCCAGAGGGACCGCAGGAACAUCCGGCCCAACAUCAUCCUGGUGCUGACUGAUGACCAAGACGUGGAGCUAGGCUCCAUGCAGGUGAUGAACAAGACGCGGCGCAUCAUGGAGCAGGGCGGGGCGCACUUCAUCAACGCCUUCGUGACCACGCCCAUGUGCUGCCCCUCGCGCUCCUCCAUCCUCACCGGCAAGUACGUCCACAACCACAACACCUACACCAACAACGAGAACUGCUCCUCACCCUCCUGGCAGGCGCAGCACGAGAGCCGCACCUUCGCCGUGUACCUCAACAGCACGGGCUACCGGACAGCUUUCUUCGGGAAGUACCUCAACGAGUACAACGGCUCCUACGUGCCGCCGGGCUGGAAGGAGUGGGUCGGACUCCUUAAAAACUCCCGCUUUUACAACUAUACGCUGUGUCGCAAUGGGGUGAAGGAGAAGCAUGGCUUCGACUACGCCAAGGAUUACCUCACAGACCUCAUCACCAACGACAGCGUGAGCUUCUUCCGCACAUCCAAGAAGAUGUACCCGCACCGGCCGGUCCUGAUGGUCAUCAGCCACGCAGCCCCCCACGGCCCUGAGGACUCCGCCCCCCAGUACUCACGCCUCUUCCCCAAUGCAUCCCAGCACAUCACACCGAGCUACAACUACGCGCCCAACUUGGACAAGCAUUGGAUCAUGCGCUACACGGGGCCCAUGAAGCCCAUCCACAUGGAGUUCACCAACAUGCUGCAGCGGAAGCGCCUCCAGACCCUCCUGUCCGUGGACGACUCCAUGGAGACGAUUUACAACAUGCUGGUGGAAACAGGUGAGCUGGACAACACCUACAUCGUCUACACCGCCGACCACGGCUACCACAUAGGCCAGUUCGGCCUGGUGAAAGGAAAGUCCAUGCCAUAUGAGUUCGACAUCCGGGUCCCAUUCUACGUGAGGGGCCCCAACGUGGAGGCCGGCUCUCUGAAUCCCCACAUCGUCCUCAACAUUGACCUGGCCCCCACCAUCCUGGACAUCGCCGGCCUGGACAUCCCCACCGACAUGGAUGGGAAAUCCAUCCUCAAGCUGCUGGACAUGGAGCGGCCUGUGAACCGGUUUCACUUGAAAAAGAAGAUGAGGGUCUGGCGGGACUCCUUCCUGGUGGAGAGAGGUAAACUGCUCCACAAGAGGGACAGCAGCAAGAUGGAUGCCCAGGAGGAGAACUUCCUGCCCAAGUUCCAGCGCGUGAAGGACCUGUGUCAGCGCGCCGAGUACCAGACAGCUUGCGAGCAGCUGGGCCAGAAGUGGCAGUGUGUGGAGGACGCCUCAGGGAAGCUGAAGCUACACAAGUGCAAGGGCCCUGUUCGACUCGGCAGCAGCGACAGAGCCCUUUCCAACCUGGUGCCCAAAUACUACGGGCAGGGGAGCGAAGCUUGCACCUGUGACCGUGGCGACUACAAGCUGGGCCUGGCCAGUCGCCGGAAGAAGCUCUUCAAAAAGAAGUACAAGGCCAGCUAUGCCCGUAAUCGUUCCAUCCGCUCCGUGGCCAUUGAGGUGGAUGGCGAGGUGUACCAUCUAGGCCUGGAGGAUGCACCCCAGACCCACAACCAUACCAAGCGGCACUGGCAGGGGGCGCUCGAGGACCAAGAGGACAAGGACGGUGGGGGAUUCAGUGGCACUGGAGGCCUUCCAGACUACUCAGCCCCCAAUCCCAUUAAAGUGACCCAUAGGUGCUACAUCCUAGAAAAUGACACAGUCCAGUGUGACCUGGACCUGUACAAGUCCCUGCAGGCCUGGAAAGACCAUAAGCUACACAUCGACCAUGAGAUUGAAACCCUACAGAACAAAAUUAAGAACCUCAGGGAAGUCCGAGGUCACCUGAAGAAAAAGCGCCCAGAAGAAUGUGAUUGCCACAAAAUUAGCUACCACACCCAACACAAAGGCCGCCUCAAGCACAAAAGCUCCAGCCUGCAUCCUUUCAGGAAGGGUCUGCAGGAGAAGGACAAGAUGUGGCUCCUGCGAGAACAGAAGCGCAAGAAGAAACUUCGAAAGCUGCUCAAGCGUCUCCAGAACAAUGACACCUGCAGCAUGCCAGGCCUCACAUGCUUCACCCAUGACAACCAGCACUGGCAAACAGCUCCUCUCUGGACACUGGGGCCUUUCUGUGCCUGCACCAGUGCCAACAACAAUACGUACUGGUGCAUGAGGACAAUCAACGAGACCCAUAACUUCCUCUUCUGUGAAUUUGCAACUGGCUUCCUGGAGUAUUUUGACCUCAACACAGACCCCUACCAGCUGAUGAAUGCAGUGAACACUCUGGACAGAGAUGUGCUAAAUCAGUUACAUGUACAACUUAUGGAGCUGAGGAGCUGCAAGGGUUACAAGCAGUGUAACCCCCGGACACGCAACAUGGACCUCGGACUUAAAGAUGGAGGAAGCUAUGAGCAAUACAGGCAGUUUCAGCGGCGAAAAUGGCCAGAAAUGAAGAGACCAUCUUCCAAAUCACUGGGCUUCAAAAAGCCUAUCCUAUCAUGUGUCACUCCCAUGCUGAGAGGCUGGAAGAGGCUGCAGGGGACUGUGAUAAACUGGAAACCUCACCACAAUUCUAACAACAGUAACUAGUUUGUUCCCUGCAAGAGGGGACAGCUGUGGGAAGGCUGGGAAGGUUAAGGAGCAACAGGGAAGACCUCCAAAACCAGACGCUUCAUCUGACUGACAGGCCAUGAAGAACCAGCCACAUCUGACUCCUGACUGAGCUGUAUGAUACAGGCCAGGAGGUAUGAGAGAGACAGAACUGCUUUCAGUCAACAUGGGCAUAUUCUGGAGGACAACCAUCAGAAGCAGAGAAAUGCAAGGAAGACCAUUUUGCCCCUGCUUUGCUUUGGAUUAUGCUUCACCAGUUGCACAAAAUGCAUUUUCAUAUGAAAAAGUCAUCACACCAUCUCUGAGAAGCCUACAAGGAAAAAGGGCAGAUUUUCAUGGAAGCUUCCCUCAGAGGUGAGAGGUGAAAGUUGCUGGAAUUUUUAACUCAGAAGUAAAACAAUCCUGUUUUAAAUCCUCUUAUUCUUAUGAUUCAUCACAAAGCACCAGGUGAGCGAUGUGCAAAUGCUGAAAACUGUGCAGUUUAAUCGUGAGUCAAUAGCACAAAAGGUGACAUUAUAAUCCUGGUUGCCUCAGAAGAAACUGCCUUCUCUGUAUAUAUGUGACUAUUUACAUGUAACCAACAUGGAACUUAUAGGGGAAUAAUCCCAAUUUUUCAAGAGUGGUGGUGUCAAUAAACGCUCUGUGGCCAGUGUGAAAGAAAAUCCUAUGCAGUUGUGGACGUUUCUGUUCCUACGCAAAGACCGUUUCAUUCCUUUGUUAUCCAUUCCAGAACUGCUAUUUUUAUGGUACUGAAAACAAAUGAAGUUAAUGUAUAUAUGUCCCAAAUUUGUGUUUGUAAAGAGAAUGUGUAGUUCAAGUAUUGUCAUAUAAUGAUCAAAACCCUAGCCAGGGACCAGCAAUUAGGAUGAAGAAGCCUGACAUUUUGUAAAAAGCCACCCACCCACCCACCCAUAUAUUUGAAGAGCAGUCAAGAUACUACCCGUCAAUGCCUUAAGUUUAGAUGACUUUUUUUAAAAGGGGGAAUAUUAUAAAUUAAUGACUAAAACUUUAACAUAGGGAGCCUCACUGCUAAGUUGCACAUUUAAGAAGUAUUAACAGCAAGGCAGUUCAUCUUACCACCUUAUUGUAGGUGCUUAAACAUUAGUACAUGUGGUUGUCAGAACUGGAGAAAUAGGAAUCUUGCCACAAGCAAUCCAAUAUAUUUUUCAUUUGAGAGAUGAUUCAAAAAUUGUCCCACACUUACCAAUACUGAAAAUAAAAAGGUUUUGAGUUUGUUCUUUUUGACUAGGGAGCCCGUACCCAACAGAAACUGGAGCUGUUAUCUGAAAUAAGGCUUUCACUUUCUCUUUUGCCCUUAAUCCAAUCUCACAGAAGAGAGGGAGAAAUCAUGCUCAUAAUCUCCAAUUUUAAAUAGAAACCUUUAUUUACAAGGAUACCCAAAAUGGGUAGCAAAGAAGUCACAGCUCACCACCCCAUCUCAUGGGUCAUCCUAUAUGGUUUAAAUUCUUUGCAGGUUAAAAGAACAAUUUAAGUUUUUCUUGUUUUUAAUCAACAAUGUAAACUUGAUUGAAACCAAAUCAGUUCUUAAUACUAUUAAGUCAAUUCCUGAGAAUUUAAAUAUUGCUCUCAGAAUGACAUUUCCAUCUUCUUCAAAAUCCCAUAUAUUGCAAAGAGAAAAAAGAAAGAAAAAUAAGAAAACACCUUGCUCAUUUGAAAUGGUCUACCUGGGAGUUGAAAACAACUUAUUUAUUCCUCUGCUGCAGGGGUAAAUCUUCAUAUAUAUGCACCUGUAAAUUUCCCACUUGUAAAUAAAACUCACACCUUCUGCAAAUAAAAAGGGACCAGCAUAUAGGCAACUGGGAAUCCAUUUUGCUUGCUUUCCGCAGCAUCGACCUCUGGGUAAAAGUACUUCUAGGACAUUAAACCAAUUAUCUUCUAUAGUACCCAACCCCAACUCACCUUAUGUAUUCAAUACUGAUAAACUAUAGGACUGCUUAUUGAUAUUUACAUGGUUUCAAUCCAGAUGGACAAUUAAAAAUGGCAUCAUAAUAUGAAUAUUAACAAUGAAACUCUGAUUUUUUUAAAGGAAGAAACAUGUAUCUCCUUUAUAUCAUUUUGAUAUUCAUAAAAUAUAUUUUUUUAUUUAUAUAUCUUUGGAUUCAGCAAAAAAGUAGGUACUGGAAAUAUCCCACAUUCUAAAAGUAUAUGAAAAAACUUAAUACUCUUUACCCAAGAAAUACCUAGGUUUAAAAAAAAAGGAGGGGCGGGUGCCUGAGAAUGAGGAGAGGUAGGCAGCAGGGAGUACAAUUAUCCAAAAAAGAUUAAAAGGACAGCAAAGGUAAAAACAACAAAUAAAGACUGCAUCUGUUAAAAUACUGAGCUUAUACCAACAAAAGUCAACAAAUAGAAAAUACAAAAACUUAGAAUAAACUUCAUUUUUCCCCAUAACCCCCCACCUUUUUGCUGCUGCCUUCUAUGUAGCCUGGAGUCAGGACUGAGAAAAGAAUCACAAAGUCUCAACUUUAAAAAGUGAAAGUAUGAGCACCAUUUUGUCCUCACCUACACGAUUUGUUUGAGGAAGGCUCAGGCACGCCCAACGGCCUGGCCUAAGAGAGACUCACUGCGCUGCCUCCAUAACUCAAACAUCCAAGUGACCUGGAAAGCACAAGCCGUGCAACGAAGAUUAAGAUCUGAACGUUUGAGAGUUUUAACACCUGUGGGGAAGGAAUAAUGGUGACACACUCAUAACGGUCUGCAGAGUGUUUAAAAAUAAAAUGCACCCUAGUUGUAAUUCUAGAACUAUGGAGCCUGACUUAUUCUUAACCACGUCAAAGAAAUUAUUUCUUCAGAGAGAUCUAGAAAGUAUUUGCUAAGUUGUGAAAUUCAAAAAUAAACUGGUUCUCAAUUAUUGCUAGAAAAUUUAUACAAAGGCUUUUGUAAAGUCGCUUGAAAUUUAUAGAUGUUCCAAAACCCAAAUUUUCAUUCUCCUGUCUGAACGUAAUAGAAUGACCCCAUGAUGGGAAUCAAACUUGAUUCUUCCCUUAACCCAGACCGAACAGAAGAGGCAUACAUAAAAGGGGGACCAGCAGGGGUGACGCACACACAGAAGUGCUCAGACUGCAGCUCUGGACCUCAGCACAGCCUAGAGUCUAUUCUGGUCCUAAGCACUAUUAAUCUCAGGGAUGUACAAGGAUUAGAAAAAUAGGAUGAAGAUUAGUAGAAAAUGGUUAAGACAGCUGAGCUGACACCAGAAACCACACACUAAGGAUUCUACACCUGCAAUAUCAAUGUGGGAUUUAGCUCCUAGCAACCAACAGCUUACAGCACUCCUAAAAUGGAUGGAAAGACAACAUGGUACUGAAUUUAAAUUUUGCAAAAGGGAACAUGAUUUAUAGACUGCUUUAAAUCCAAAAGAUUUUUUUAAAGCAAAUUGAUUUUCUUCAAAUUCCUGAUAUUUCCUCUAUAUCUAGUCAUUUCCCCCAAAUUAACAAAGUGCUCAGUUCUCUGGUAGAGGAAUUUAAAAAAAAAAAUUUUUUUUAAAUGCUCAUUUACAUCUAAACAAAUGAUCUCUUUAAAAAGGAUUUAGACUGAGAGAAUGAAAAGAGUGAGGCAUCUGACACUGGGGUAAAAGAAAAACGGGAUAUGUCAUCCUCUCCAACCCCAGGCCCAGGUGAUUCAGGGAUCCUCACCACACACAGCGUACUAAAAUCGACAAAUUGUUAAAUACUCGGCUUCACAAACUCUGUAAAAAUGAGUUAUGAUCUAAAAAAAGGUAUAUACAUAUCUUACAUCAUACAAUAUUUUAAUAAGUCAUAUUUACAAAAAAAUUUAUUCACAGAAACACUGCAAACUUCUGAUUCAGAAGGCAGUUUUCUGGCCUUAGAGUUACAGAAGUUUAUUUUCAAAAAGCAUUAUUGCUCUACCAUAUAGGCAAAGGGUGACACCAGUACUUUAAAAGAAAAUCAGUUUUUGUCCAACAAAUUAAUGGAGACAAAAACCACGAAUGUUUACCAUUCCUCAAGACCAAGAAUAUUGCAUUUAUCCAUUACUUAUUUAUUUAAAUAAAGUGCACUCAGCUGCACGUCAGCAUAUGAAAAACUGCCACUGCUGCAAUUAAAUACUGUCAUCUCAAUUAGCUUUCUGCAAAGCUACUAGACAUCAGUGACAUGUUGGAGGUGAAGUCAUUACAGGACUUUAAGGCCAAAUGAAAUGCUAAUUCUAAGAGAAGGCCUAGGACAAUUUUAAAAAAUGAGCAAAGAACAAAAACUCAGAUAUGCCAAUUUCACUGCAUAAAGAACAGCAUAAAUUACUUAGAAAACACUUCAAAACUGGGACUACGCUCUCUGUUCAAUACUGCAACUAGAGAAACCACAGAUGUCCUGAUCUCUCACUUGCUCUCUGGCCAUCUACAUUUAGCUGAAAGACUUUGGCUAGCCAGGCAGAAGGAAGUGUGAUCACAGAAGAAUAUUGUGAUCAUAUUCACUCCUUUCUUCAAAAUCACAUCACUGAAAGGCAGAAUGUCAAAAAAAAA